AUGGCUUUCCCACCACCAAUACCCUAUCCGACCCAACAGGUGGCUCCAGUUCCACGAUAUAGUCCAAUCUACACACACGACGGAAUCAGUGACUCAACCUCGACACCCACAACAACCACGCUUGAUCAAGCCACGCCACUGCAACGAGAGAUUUACGACAUGGUUGGACGCAGUGAAGAGCCAAGCCACUACAGCAACAGGUUACGCGCGAUGCAAGACACCCUCGCGGUACCAUCGGCUCGGUCGCCUGAGCUGCAGCAACUGAGCUGUGUAACAUGUCGCCGCAGGAAGGUCAAGUGCAAUAGGAGGGACCCAUGCUCGAACUGUGUCAAAACAGGAAUAGCUUGUGUUUUCCCAGCAUCUGCAAGAAGAUUCGAGAGGGCAAGCAAACCACCGAAGAUAGAUGUCAUCGACCGUCUUAAGCGAUUAGAAGAUAUGGUCAAAAAUAUCCAGCAUCCUGUAUUCCCGGAGACAACAAGCUCACCAAUGGAUACAGCUGGCAAUGGCAUAGUCACGGCAUUCGAGAAGUGCCCUUUCUUUGACACAGACCCCCGAGUGACUCGGCAGAAGCAUGGUUCCCCGGAAGAGUUCGGACGAUUGAUGGUUGACAAUGGUUGCAGUCGGUACAUAAGUAACCGGCUAUGGGCAAGUCUAAGUGACCAGAUAGAUGAAUUGCACGACCUUUUGGUACCUUCAUCUUCCCAUAUCGACGAAUAUCUCUCUCCGGAUAAUGUUCAUCAUGGCGAUCAACAUUAUGACUGUUUUCUCUUCGGAUUUAAUUCCGUGGCACAUACGCUGGCCAACUAUCACCCACAACCAGAGCAGCUGUUGAGCUUGUGGGAUAACUAUCACCGCAAUGUAGCCCCGCUACUUAUGAUUAUCCACCCGGAAACUAUAAAAGAGGUUUUCCUUAAAUUCCACGUUGGGCCAAUGUCCCUGGACAGCGAUUCUGAAUGUCUUCUCUUUGCUGUUUACUUCUCAGCUUCCGUGAGCAUGGGUGCCGAUCAAUGUGUUUUGGAACUCGGAGAUACAAAGGAAGCAAUGACCAGCCACUUUAGAUUUGCCACGGAACAGGCAUUUGUUCGAGCAGAUCUCACCAGUUCUAAAAGCUUGAUGUUAGUACAGGCCGCUGUCCUCUAUCUGAAAAGCUUGCGUGCGUUGGAGCAGAUGCGGGCUGUAUGGACAAUGACGUCCAUUGUGAUCCGUCUGGCUACAGGCCUGGGCUUACACAGGGAUGGUUCUGCAUUCAACCUACAACCUUUCGAUGUCGAGAUGCGGCGCCGCCUAUGGUGGAGUAUCUGCAUUCUGGAUAUUCAAACUGCAGAAGAUCAAGGCACGGAUCCGAUGAUUCAUGAUGUGUUGUAUGACACUCAGCUUCCGAUGAACAUCAAUGAUGAGGAAAUUCGCCCUGGUAUGAAGGAUAUGCCUCGUGAGAAUGCUGGCCACACUAGCUUGACUUAUUUUCUUCUUCAAUGCGAAGUGGCUUUGGCCACGCGCCGAUUGACCUACUAUCUCCCCGGGAAUCCCUGUUCCGCCUUACAGACGAUUGAAGAACGCCAGGCGCUUCUCCAGGACCUUGAUAGGCGCCUCAAUGAGCGCUAUGUCCGCCAUCUCGAUACAGCAAACCCACUGCAUUGGGCUUGCAGCAAACUUGUCGACACAGCUGUUGCCAAACUUUCGCUUAUAAUAUACCAGCCGUUGGACAAAACGCAAAGCAUUGCCUCAUUACCCAAGACAUACAAAGCAGGCUUCUGCUUAAAGCCGUCGAAAUGGAAAUGGGAAUUGCAAGCACACACUCCCUGGUAUGCCGUUGCUUAUGUUCUGGCUGAGCUAUGCCACAGCCGGGAGAGCUUGGAAAUGGAACGUGCGUGGUCGUCGGUGUCUAAAAUCUUCAAAGAUUGGCAAGUACAUGCGUUUAGGCAAAACAGGCCUUUGUGGCGACCGUUAUCGAGACUUAUGAUGAGAGCAGCAUCUUGUCGGGACAACCAAAAGGAAGAUGCAAUGCAGCCAGGCAUAAUAUUGGAUGGUUCAGUCUUCCGGAAGCAAUUGUCAGAUCCGGACAAUUCUAUAUUCGCCGCAGAUGCUUGUUCUUAUUUCAAUCAGCCGAGUGAUGAAACACAACCCAAGAAUACCGUUACUCCCUGCUUCAGCAUGAUCCCCGCCAUGGGGUUGGAACAACCAUCAGAAAUAUUUGGCGGGUUCGAUCCCUUGCAGCCUGAGCUCUGGAGUUGCGGCUUGCCAAUGUAA